AUGGCCAAGAGGGAGAGGCCUUUCGACCCGAAUCGCUCAGACUCGGAUGACCUGGACUUCAACGACGAACCGAGCUCGCCCCGAGCGCGUCCACACAAGCGAGCGCGCAAAUCGCACAAGGGCUCGCCCACCAAGAGGCCUGCCAAGAGGCGCCGCGAAGCCUACAACGACAGUGACAUCGACCCAGACAGCAACGAGCCGAGCGAAGAGGAAGACUCAUUCGCAGAAUCCGACGAAGACAGCGAGCCCGUCGAGACGAAUCCUCGUACUGGCAGAGGAGUGCGAUCCGCCGCGAAGAAGCGGAAGAACUAUGAGGAGAGCGACGAAGAGGCAGGCGAGUUGUUGAACAGUGAAAGCGAGGUCGAUCGUCACACGCCUGCAAGACCCAAGGGGAAGAGGUCGGCACGCGCCGAGCGACUGCAGAAACGCACUCUGGUCGUCAAGCUCAAAGUCCCCCCAUUCACAAUGGUCAAAGACAAGGUCGUUCCGCGCAGUACACGCGCCUCUAGUCGCCAGCUCAAGCGCGAGCCGACACCCCAGGCGACGAGAUCUGCUCCUGGCAUGACGCGAAGAAGCAGUCGCUUGUCGCAUGACGAGGAACAGCCGCUGGUUGCUCUGACUGACUCUGGCAAGCACGAGCUCGUGACUAGAACGGGUACCGUUACGCCAGAGCCAGAGGGCAGUCGCAGACCUUCAAGAGGCGGCAAAGGACUUGCGUCUAAGAAACCACCAAGCGCGAUCUUCGAGGUGUCUCAGGAGGACUCCGUCGCAAAUGAUCCCGUUGGUACCAUCGAGCAGACUGAAGAGGGCGAGAAGUUCUUCUCUCAGCUACAAGACGCGGCCGGCGGUCAAGACGCGCAGCAGGUCUCACGAACAUCUCCUGCCACAUCCGCCGUAAAGGAGGACGAUAUUCGCAUGGAAUACGAGGAAGAGGAUGAAGAAGAGCAGGUUGUGCAGGAGUCACAGCACGAUCCAGACGACAAUGACGAUGACGACGAACCAGUCUCGAAGGGCGGACGAUCGUUGAGACCUCGACGUAAGGCGUCGACGCCGCCAACAUCCCAGCCUGCGAACAACAAUGCGCGGCGCUCAUUACGGAACAGGAAGUCCGGCGGCAUCGAACAGAGCAGUGACUUCGAGCCUGAUGCGGAAGGCGAAGCUGACGUGGAAGAGGAGGGAAUGUCGGAUUCAGACGAGCUGCUCAAACCACCCCGGGGCAGAAGUAGCGCUGAAGCGAGCUCGCAAGGUGGUAGAAGAUCUGGCAGACUACGCGGCAAGACAACUUCGAAUGGCAGCCGUUCGCGGCGUUCGCCGGAAGAGGAUGAGCUUGACCCUGAAGAGAUUGCCGACGAAGCUGCAGAGCUGGACGAGGACAACAGACGGAUCAGACGGGAGCGACCUCGGAAACAGAGAUCACAACGUCAAGAGAUUUCCUUUGAGCCUACCAGUCUGCGGAAUCGUGCAAAUAGGCCUGAUUACCGUAUCCUCCGGCCUGAGCUUCUUCUCCCUAUCGAGGAUGACGAUGCGCCGGCCGUGGCAACGACCACACCUCAGCGAAACAGGCGUGGAGGUGGUGGUGGCGGCAGAGCUGGAGCUCAGUAUCGAAGCUUGUUCUCGACUUUCGGCCCCUUCGGCGGUGCUGGCGGACCACCACCCAUCCUCGGCGGUCCAGAUGGUGCAGGCGCUACCGGCGGUGUCGACUCUGACAGCAGUGACGAUGAAGCCGCCAUGCGAGGACAGCAGAGCGGUGUUGGUGGCACAGUUGGCAUGACUCCGACUUCAGCAUUCCCCAAGCCCUUUGUGGCUCAGGCUCACAACUCUGACCCCAUACAAGGUCCAGGAGGUGGACCUCCAGGACUCGGGAAGGUCAAAGACAAGAAGGCUCUUGCAGAUGCAGAUCCGCUUGGCGUUGAUACCAAUGUCACAUUCGAUGGCGUGGGUGGUCUUGAUGGUCACAUCAAUCAGCUCAAAGAGAUGGUGAUGCUGCCUCUGCUGUAUCCCGAGGCUUUUCAACAAUUCAAGAUCACGCCUCCGCGUGGUGUACUCUUCCACGGACCUCCAGGUACCGGUAAAACGCUACUCGCACGUGCUCUGGCCAGCAGUGUCAGCACCCAUGGACAGAAGGUGACUUUCUAUAUGCGCAAGGGUGCUGAUGCUCUGAGCAAGUGGGUCGGUGAAGCAGAGAAGCAACUUCGUCUGCUUUUCGAAGAGGCUCGCAAGAACCAGCCUAGUAUCAUAUUCUUCGACGAAAUCGAUGGACUGGCGCCUGUUCGUUCAAGCAAGCAGGAGCAAAUUCAUGCUUCCAUCGUGGCAACUCUUCUUGCGUUGAUGGACGGCAUGGAUGGCAGAGGCCAGGUCAUUGUUAUUGGCGCCACCAACAGACCGGACUCGGUUGAUCCUGCACUGCGAAGGCCUGGCCGCUUUGAUAGGGAGUUCUACUUCCCGCUGCCAGACGUCAUGGGUCGGCGCAAGAUCUUGGACAUUCACACAAAAGGCUGGGAGCCUCCACUCAAGGAUGAGUUCAAGGACCAACUGGCUGAAGUUACACGUGGAUACGGUGGAGCUGACCUUCGUGCUCUCUGCACCGAAGCUGCUCUUAACGCCAUUCAGGGCACGUUCCCGCAAAUCUACUCCAGUGACGAGAAGCUCAUCAUUGAUGUUACAAAGAUCAAGGUCUUGGCGAAAGACUUCAUGAUCUCAGUAAACAAGAUCGUGCCGUCCUCGGAACGAUCUGCUGCAUCCGGAGCGGUGCCGCUGAAAAAGGACAUCGAGCCGCUGUUGCGUCAACCCUUGAAGGAGAUCGGCGAGUACAUUGAGCAGACAGUGCCUCGCAAGCGGAAAGCUACAGCGCUUGAAGAGGCGAUGUACGAUGACCGCGAUGAUGAACUGGGAUUCGAGAAAGAGACUAUGCAUCGCAACUUUGAAUCGUCUCGCGUCUUUCGACCACGGCUUCUCAUCAAGGGCCAUGUUGGGAUGGGUCAGCAAUACCUUGGCGCAGCGCUUCUUACAAAGUUUGAAGGCCUGCAUGUGCAGAACUUUGACAUGGCUACCUUGAUGAAGGACUCCAGCCGGUCGCCCGAAGCAGCAGUUGUGCAGCUUUUCGAAGAAGUGAAGAGGCACAAGCCGAGUGUCAUCUACAUACCCAACGUCAAUAUCUGGUGGGACACGCUCGCCGACUCCGUUAAGAGAACAUUUGUUGGCCUACUCAGAAGUCUGCCCCCAAACGACCCUGUCCUGUUGCUUGGCAUGAUGGAGCUCUAUCAAGAUGACGAACCUGAUCCUCACAUGCUUCGCGAUCUUUUUGGGUUUGCAUCGAAGAACCAAUACAAGCUCGACCGUCCUUGUGAAGAGGCUAGAGGAGAGUUCUGGCGUGCUAUACUGGAUUUUGUGAAGAAGACGCCAUCGGAGUUCCCUGAGCCUGAAAACAGAAAGAAGCGAAAGCUCGCCGAAUUGCCAGUCGCACCAGUUCCCGCAGCACCAACGGGACCCACCAAAGCUGAUCUCAAGGCCCAGAAGAAGAAAGAUCAUCAGACUCUGAACAUGCUGAAGCUGCUCAUACAGCCAGUCAUGGACCAGAUCAAGCUGAAGUACAGAAAGUUCAGAAACCAUAUUAUUGAUGAGAACACUAUUGGAUACUUGUAUGACGAGCAAGACCCGAUGGUGCUCUCUACAGACUUGACGGAAGAACAAAAGCAGCAACAGCUUCUCUUCCGACCUUUCGAGAAGGACACGGACGACAAAGGUAAUGAAGGCUUGCGAGAACAGUCGACUGGCAAGUUCUACUACAAUCUUGAGAUUGUCACGAUCGAAACUCGCUUGUCCAAUGGCUACUACAAGCGGCCGAAGGACUUCCUCGGUGACAUCAAGAAGUUGGCAAAGGAUGCAAAGACCUCCGGCGAUCAGGAACGCACAUUGAAGGCGAAUGAGAUGCUGGCCAACGUUGAGGUUGACAUGACUACUCUGGAGUCGCAGCAUCCUGCGUUGAUUGCGGAGUGCGAAGCGGUGUAUCAUCGUGAGCAGGAGCGCAUCCAGAAAGCAGAGCAGAAGCGUGCAGAAGCGCAGGGUCGUGGCGAGACGGUGCCGAAGAUCAUCGCGAACGUGCCGCCGCAAGGCACCUCGAACACGACGACCGAGACCUCAGGUCCUGUCAUGCUGGGUCAGGCGGUGCCUGGUCGGCAGCUAUUCCCUACGACACCCAACAAGCCGCAGUAUCCGCCAUCGGUUCAAUGGAGCACGACUCAAACAAACGGCAGCCACCCAUCGCAGCAUACGAAUGGCUCGACAGUGCCCUCCAAACCACAGGAAGACUCCGAAAUGCUUGAUAGCCAUGUCGAGACCCAGGAACACCAGCCUGCACAAACUGCACCUCCGCAGCGAGGCCAAGCGCAGAGCCCAGAUCAAAGUCAGUCACAACCUCAAGGAGCGUACUACCACAAGAUCGGUCAAUCGCAACCGGCCGCAGGCGUACAGACAGAGCAGAACAGCGCUUCGACGGCCUCCGGCAACAAGACCAGUGACCGCAGCAGUGGCGGGUCCGUAAAUACUACGAACUCGAACGGCGCAAUUAUGCACCCUGACUUCUCCAUUUACGGAGCAGCCGGCGGCAGUAGUCAGCUCCCAGACACACAGCCACCAUCUCUCGCGUCACAGCCAGGAGCCGGAUCUCAGCACAACUCCAACAGCUCUGGCGGCUCUCAGCCCUCGGCCUCUUCCCAACAAAUGGGACCACCUCAACCACGCCCCGCCACGCGUCCUCCCUCAUUCGCCAACAUCUCCAACAUCCUCAACAAAGACGACGAUGACGAGGAAGAAGGCACCACCCAUGACGACAUCGACGAGAGCAUCUUACGCGCAUCACAGAAAUACAUCCUAGACGCCGAGAGCUUGGAGCGGUUCCAUGGCGAACUUGUGGAGAAGAGUUCAGGCUUGUCACUGGAACAGCUUGAACAAGUUAAUGCGGCGCUUAUGGAUGUGAUUUGGAGGCAGCGCGGAGAGUGGAAUCGGGAUUUGGUGUGGCAUGAGGUGCAGCAGUGCUUUAAUGAUACGAUUAGGGAUAUUGAGGAGUUGCAGGAGAUUAUGGAUCCGAAAUCGCUUGCUACGGCUUGA